CCAAAGGUUAAUAUAAUCAAAAUGCUGGAAACUGAUCAAGAAAUAAAUUCAACUAUUAAACCAAAUUGCCUAUUUUUUAAGAAGAAUAAAUCAAUUAAUACAAGAAAAAGACAAAAAUCAAUUUCCGGAAGCAGUUCUUCUGAUGGAGAAACACAAAUAUUCAAAUCCAAAAAGAUUGCAUCUUUUAAUCCCCUGAAACAAAGCACACAAUCUGGCAAAUCAGGACCAAAAAAUUAUGAAUCUUCUGAUGAUGAACACAACUCAGAAAAGGAAGAUUUAAUUACUGUCUCUUUUAAAUCAACCAAAAGUGAAAAAAGAGAGGGCCCUCAAGAUAUGGGCGCAACACUUGAAUAUCAAGUUGAUACAGAUCUUACUGUUGAUGCACAAGCUAUAUAUCAAAAAUCUCUUGAUAUAAAUAAGGAAAUGAAGGGUAAGAAAGAUGACAAAAUUUACAGAGGGAUGAAUAAUUAUGUACAAUUUAUUGAGAAAAAAGAUACUGUACUAGGAAAUGCAGCUAGCAAUUUGGUCAGAAAGGGACCAAUGAGAGCACCUACAUUUAUCAGAUCUACCACUAGAUGGGAUUAUCAGCCUGAUUUAUGUAAAGAUUACCAGGAGACAGGAUAUUGUGGAUUUGGAGAUAGCUGCAAAUUUGGACAUGAUAGGACGGAUUACAAAUUUGGGUGGCAACUUGAACAAGAAUGGAAUGAAGGCAGAUAUGGACAAGAAGAUAUAGAAUCCAGAAAAUAUGAAAUCCUCGCCGAAAUUCUAACCAAUGACAACGAUGAUGAUAAGCGAGAAACAGAUGAUAAUGAUGACUUGCCUUUCAAAUGUGCCAUCUGCCGGCAAUCCUUCGAAUCCCCAAUUGUGACUAAAUGUCGCCAUUAUUUUUGCGAAUCCUGCGCCCUCAAAAGGUUCAGAACUAAUGCAAGGUGCUUCGUAUGUGGGGCACAAACCUUUGGAAUAUUCGCGCCAGCUAACGAUAUAACGGCUAAAUUAGCUAAAAAGUCGACCAAAAAAAAUGGUAGCUCUUCUUUGGAUGAUUCAUCGGAGGAAGAAGGCGAAACAAAUAAACACGAAAUUUCGGGAAAAUAAAAUAUUUGAUACUUUAUUAUUUAAUUAAAUUUAUAAAAUAUUUAUAUUAGUGUAAAU